CAUUUAUGUGUAAGUGUAACUGGAUCCCCUCCUAGAAAUUGAAAAAGAGAUUCCCCAACUUGCUAUUUCCAGCACUUCCUUUCCGUUUUUUUUUUUUAUACUACUAUAAUUGUGUUUGAGUCAGAGACGAAUUUAGAUUUUUUUAAAUCAUGAGUACAUUAUUAAAAAAAAAAAAAAAAUCUAGUGAAAAUUAUUCUCUAAUACUCUCUAAGUAAAUAACUUAACACUCAACUAGGUACACCAAAUUCGCCCUUGGUCUGUGCCAAGCAUUUUGUACGUAUCUCAAUAAUUUCAUAGGAUAUUUGUAAUUCUUCUAUAUUGUAAUAGUAGAGUGCUUGUGUCAACUUGUUUGCACUUUGAUAAUUUCAUUGGUAAAAUUGUUGUUAUCUUCAUUAGAGCCAGAGCUAGAGUGUUAGUUAGUUUUGACAUAAUGUUCAAUAGAAUUCCAUUACUUUGGCCAAAAUCAUGCAUUGUAUUAAAAAAAAAAUCCUUGAAUAUGUAGAAAUAAUUUAUUCAGAACUUAUCAGGCUAUCUUUUUUAGAAUUCAAAUCUAUAAAGUAUUCGAAAUCUAGAUCCACUUCUACGUACCAAUAUAGAUGUCGAAUAAUGCUAUCCAUUAAUUAUUAAUUAAUAAAUUCAAAGAAAUCAUCACCAAAUAUUUAUCUAAUCGCUUUUGAAAUUUAAACAACAAUUUUACUAUAAUUUUCAUCCACUUUAUUGACGGUCAGGCUGGCCACACCUUAGGUGCCACCUUUCCCUCCAUCCUAUUAAUAACCAAGCUUACCCAUCUUGUCCAUACAAAUCCCCUUGACUUAGUCCUAAGUACUCCACUUUCUUCUGGAACUUCUUCUCCCUCUUCCAACUAUAAUUCUCUAACACACACAAUUCCUUCUUAUAACAAUGGCCACAUGGACAACAAAACAAAACAAGAAAUUUGAGGAUGCAUUGGCGUUAUAUGACAAGGAUACUCCUGAUAGGUGGCAUAAUAUUGCUAGGUAUGUUGGUGGAAAAUCAGCUGAGGAAGUGAAGAGACACUAUGAAUUGCUUGAAAAAGAUGUCAUGAAGAUUGAAAAUGAUCAAGUUCCUUUGCCCAAUUAUAGGGCUAAUGCUAGCAAUGGAAGAAGUAAUUAUGCUAAUGAACAAAGGCUUCUGCAGAAUCUGAGGUUAUAGUAAGAAGAAAAUUGCAUGGAUGUUCAAUACCAUCAGAAUAUUCCCAGUAUAAAACGCAUACAAAAACUAUUCUAUGUUUAUUAUUAAAGCAUUAUGUUGCUAAAAUGCAUGAUAUAUAUGUACUUAAAUAAAACCAUGUUUACUUUAA